AUGUUCCUUGCCGCAGCACCAUAUUUCUACAGCCGGUUCCAGUCAGACGACUGGACAAGGACGCACUAUCAAUCCUCGAUUCUUUCAGUAUCAACCGUUACCAAUCUCGCGAGUGCUUAUAUCCUGGCAAAGCUACAGAAGAACGCGUCCUAUCCGCGUCGAGUGACACUUUCGCUGCUGAUGAACUGUGCCGUGUUUACAAUUUUGGCCUUUUCGGCAGUCGUUAUGACUGACUCAUCACCGCGGGCAUACUUUGGUUUCCUGAUGGUGAUGGUCUUCGGCACGAGUCUCGCGACUGGCAUCAACCAAAACGGCGUGUUUGCGUACGUCUCGAGCUUUGGGAGAGAGGAGUAUACCCAGGCUAUCAUGACUGGACAGGGAGUCGCAGGCGUUCUACCUGCCAUCGUUCAAAUAUUCUCUGUGCUGGCUGUGCCAUCGAAAGGGGAUGGUCAAGAUCAAGGUGCCAGCAUGCCUCAGACGGACUUGUCGAGGUCGGCUUUUAUUUACUUCCUCACAUCGACGGGUGUCUCAUCCAUUGCUCUGCUGGCAUUCGUAUAUCUUCUCAGACAACAGCCUGCCUCAAGGCAAAAGUUGCUAAGAGAUGAUGAUGAGACUAUUACAGAGGACUACGAUGGUUCCAAGACUGUUAGCCUCCGGACGUUGUUCGUCAAGCUGCGGUUCCUAGUCUUUGCUGUGUUCUUUUGCUUCAUGAUUUCGAUGGUCUUCCCAGUUUACACAGCGGAAAUACAGUCCGUCAACGACCCUGCCCGUUCACGGAUCUACGAUCCUAGUGUCUUUGUUCCCUUAGGAUUCUUAGUCUGGAACUUGGGUGACUUAGUUGCAAGAAUGGGGGUGGCUAUUCCAGGUAUGUCCUUAGGGAAGCAUCCUCAGAUGGCUGCCAUCCUGGCCAUUUCUCGAGUUAUGUUCAUUCCCCUGUAUCAGCUCUGCAACAUCAACGGUGAAGGUGCCGUUGUCCAGAGUGACGUUUUCUAUCUCCUUGUCCAAUUCUUCUUUGGAGCAACUAACGGGUACCUGGGGACAAGCUGUAUGAUGGGUACAAGUCAUUGGGUUGCUGCCGAUGAAAGACCAGCUGCUGGUGGAUUUAUGAGCAUGAUUCUUGUGGCUGGACUGGCUGCUGGGAGCUUGUUGAGUUUUUCUGUUGCCAGCGGUUGA